AGCAUUAUUAACAGACAUUUGUUUUCAAAAUGGUUAACGGCAAUUACGUCCUGUACGGAGACAGACCGGCAUCGGAGUCGCAAAUUGUGAGCGAUCAUGUUCAAACAAGGACAGCCGAGAGGAAACCGAAACGAAAGUCCAACAGAACAGCCAACGAAGUCCAGCAUACUCUGAACCUCGACGAGCUGGAUAAUCAGACUGACACGGUUAAAUACGAGAACAAAAUCAAAGAACCCAAGCUGUUGAGGUAUGUCCCAACGACUGAGGUGGAGGAGAACUUUGUGACCGAGAGAUUCGAGACUUUAGACGCUAAGAUGAACGAUGAGCCGCCGAGAAGGAAUUUUACAAAGAAGCCCAAAAACCCGACCGAUGGGUCUGUUAACUACGCCUACUCCAGAUCUAGCAGCAGUUGCAGCUCCCCGAACGGUAAUCUGCCGACGAUAUCCGAACACGUUGAACAGUACGGAACCUACAGAGUUUGCUCUCCACAUUCACCACCGAGGAGUAUGAGCAAUAUAAAUUGCUAUGAGUCGAAACUAGAUAAAUAUUUCUCGAAACCGAGAGAUUUGAAGACCUUCACUGCAAAGGGCUCUCAUCCCGACAGUUUGUACCGCGUGUCUUCAGACGAAGCCGCCGGCUCAGACAGGUUGAUGCGCGCCCUACGUCUGCUCCGCUGGCCUCUUGCACUGUUUACCGUCUGCGUAGCCUUAGCAGCCUUUGUAUACUUUUUGAUGCCAGUUAAUAUGGAUUCCGAAAUAGACGCCGUGAACGGAACUUUUUGGGAAGAGAGUGUAUCGGAGGCUCAGUCGCAUAGUGCUCCAAAAAUAUCGAAAAAUCUGAACGAAGAAAGGAAAACGCGACCGCUAGGUAAGACACCGGAAAUCGACUUUUAUGACGCUGAUAACGGUAACGUAAAUGAUUUAGGAUCAAUAGUUGAUACGAUGGCAAGCCCGAACAGAAAGUUGCCCGCACCACCAGUGUUCCCCAGUCACGUUUCGCUUGAAGUUCAAUAUGGAAACGAAAAAGCGGAUUCGGAUAAGGCGCGUAUGUCCAAAGUUCUUAAAGAACCGGAGGACGAAUCGACAUUAAAACCGCAUAUAACUCAGAAACCAGAAAAACCAUUGGCAAUUUACUUCAAAGAUGCUAACAGUAUCACGACGUCAACGGACGCUGGACUCAUUGCAGAGACAUUCACGGAUGCGGAAUCCUCAAACGAUAUUGCUAUAUUUUUGAAGAAACAACCAAAUAAAUUAGCGGGUCAAAACAAACUUCAUCAAACAAAUCCAUCUUUGUUCAAUAAAAACGACAUCAAGACGCGCUUCGUCGCUCCCGAAGUCUCAGAGUACUACGCGCGUCCCGUUGCCAACAGUGAAGUGAAAUUCACAUCAGGUCAUUCUAAGUUUUUUGGUAUUUCGAUAGAGGAUGCCCAAAAUAUGAAAUCGACAACUCAAAACUCACUCUAUAACACCAGAGUAUCGCCCACUCUGCCGACUUGGAAAGACAGAGGUGACGCUACAACUAAAAAAUAUCCCAUCAACUACGACGCUCCCCAAUGUCGUUCUACUCGUCUGUCUCUCUGUCGCGGUGUUCUUCCAUACGACCUGGCCAGUGCCCCGGCCUCCAUCGCCAUGACGGACGUCACCACUCUCCUGCCACAGAUAGAGUACCUCGUCAGCACCAACUGCAGUGAACGUGUCAGACACUUCGCUUGUUCUCUGCUCGAACCCGAGUGCAGCCCUCCGCCAUACUCACCGAAACUACCCUGCUAUAAUUUCUGCAAAGCAAUCGUGGACAGUUGCGAGGGCAACAUACCAAGCGAGUUGCAACCAAUGUUCUCGUGCAACCAGUACUCCACUGGGAACUGCGCCCCGGCUCGUGGUCCCUGUUAUCAGCGGGAGUUGGCUUGUGGGGACGGGACCUGUGUUCCCAGGGACUGGGUGUGUGAUGGAACCAGAGACUGCCCUGCCGGAGAGGACGAGGCGCCGUGUUCCGCCUGCGACGACAACGAGUACCGCUGCAGUUCAGGGAUGUGCAUCACCAAACGUUGGCUGUGCGACGGAUACGCGGACUGCGCCAGUGGGGAGGACGAGAGAGAUGAGCUGUGUAGAGGAAGAUUGAGGAACGGUUUAUUGAGGGACAGGAAUCAGAAGCUGGCGGGAAGAUACGACGGAGGAGGGGCAGAAGACACACACGAACCAGGGGAGGAACUGGCUGGAUCCGCGCCAGCGCCAUCUGUUAGGAAACCAAAUAGAUUACCUGUUGAUGGAAGGAAUGGUGAAAAUGAAAGCAGCAAGGAAUUGCUCAUGACGAGUGACAGCAACAGCGGCUUCAGAAGGAACUACACACGAAGACCAUCUCCGUCGCGGCUCACGCCGUACAAACGACUACAGGCCAUGACACCACUACAGGACAAGACGUCCUCCGAAGAGGAGAAGGAAUUACUGUUCAUGGAGACAUCACUCAGAAACAAAACAAACAAGACAAAUACAACCAAAGAACCAGACAACAAGAAGGAUUCGGCGGAAGAUUUGACUUUAGAUGAUUUGGGCUUGUUCGACAUCGAGAAGAACAAGCCGGUGGAAGUCAAUAUGGACAACAAGACAGAGACACACGCACAGAGAGCGAACGCACAAGAAGCGGCUGUUCAUAAACAAGACUCGGUGGAGGAACCCACGCACACGUCCGUAGCAGUGAGGGUCAACCAAACGAUGAAGAAAUUAGACCGCGUCAUAGACGGGGCGUCCAUGUUAAGGAAAGCAGCAAAAGAACGUCAAGCUGACAUCAUGGAGUCGAUCGAAUCCAACGGAACAGCGGUAGACAACUCCGAAGACAUGGCAUACAACAGCGCCCACGCCUCCCCCUGUCCCAGCAGCGAGCUGCGGUGUGUGGACGGCAGGUGCAUCACACUCUCCCAGCUCUGCGACGGCACCAUCGACUGCUCGGACCACGCGGACGAGGACAACUGCUACACGUGACGCCGCCCGCCGCCUUUUAUACACGGCGACUCAACCAGACGAUUUGAAUAUAGAAUACAAACAUAACAUUCAUCAUAAGGUAAUGCAACUGGCGAUUUAUAAUUAAAAUUCCAUAUCAUCAACUGGAAACUAAUAUAAACAUCGGUUUUAAAUCUAGAAUCCUCAUAAGACACAUCGGAAGCUGAAAAUAAUGUUAUUAGUAUACGCGAUUUUGAAUUUAGAAUACCUAUAAAAUAAGACGCUGUGAGGUUAAAAAUGACUCUGAAACACACAACAGGCGGCCGCUGUGGAUUUUGAAUUUAGAAUCCAUUUAAAAUUUAUGUGGAGUUAGUUUUUAAAAUACUGAUUAGUUUUUGCUUGAGUAUGAUUUCGAUGUCUUUAUGCCAUUAUUAUCAUACUAUUGUAGAAUUUGUCUACAAUUUAGCCAUUGAUAAUAUCAUUUAUGUCUGAUUUUCUAAGACGGUGCUUUUUAAAAAAAAAAAAUUUUUCCAGAAUUAUGUUAUUUACUCCUUCAUUAUGUAUUGCUAAGAUCUAGGAUAGUUUCAUAAUUGAAUAUUUGCGACAGAUAUUUUAUUGUAUAAGCUGUGAUAAAGCAAUGCAUGUUAUUGGUAAAAUUAUAUUAAGUUUAGGUUAUUAUUACUUAUUAGGUAUGUCUCUUUUUUUAUGUUACGUCAUAAGACAUUUAACUUUCAUUUUUAUUCCAUAUUUAAAUAUAACUAAUAAUUAAUUAUUAAGUAUUACUAAGUUUAAGUUCUGUGCCGUUUUUUUUUUUUUUUACUUUUUCGUUUUCUAGUUCAUUAAUGAGUUUAAGCAGUUUCUUGUAAAUAACGCUAGGUAAGGUUUAUUUAUUCUCUACAGAUUCUUAUGAAAUUCAUUUAAAACGAUAUAUUUGCAUUAAUAUUAACGUAUCGUUUUAUUUUAAUUUAUUAAAUCCAAAGUAACGUCAUAAUACCAGUUUUUUUUUUUUAUAUUGUCUUAAGAAACCGUCCAAGAAAUUUAAUAUAGAGUUGCUCGUAAUUAAGUAUUUUGUAGCUUGUAAAGAUGUGUGUAGCUUAAAAAGCGAAAUUUAGUUGUAAGUAAUGAUAAGAAAUUUUGUAAUUUUGUAACUUAAAUAAAGAUUUUGCUCUGUU